UAAUGCGGCCCUAAUCCCGGCGGACUUGACUUGCAAGUGUGUGAAUGACUGUCGGCGAGGCUUGACCAUGGAGAAGUGAGAAAAGACCUGUGGGUUGAUUCCCUCCCAGAUGUAGCCGUCAUCUCACCUGCAGUUGGACCAUGGCCAGGGCGGUGGAGGACCCUCACUUGGGCUCGGGUCCCGAUGAGGAGGACGGGUCUUCGUCGGGGUGGGACUCGGACAGCAUCCUGUCCGAUGACUCCGUGCUUCCGGACUACUCGCGGGAAACCUGUGACGGGCGGACGGCAUCCACUCUCUACCAGGCCUGCGCCCGCAACAACCUGGCCGCUCUGCAGGGGGUCCUGGAGAGGGGCGUGACCAGAGAGGAGGUGAUGGAGCUGGACAUCAACAACUGGAACGGCUUGAUGGUGUCUUGCUGCAAAGGCUUCCUGGACAUCGUGUACGCGCUGAACACCUGCCCUCACCUGGACAUCAACCACCAGGACCGUGAAGGCAACACAGCACUGAUGAUUGCAUCCCAAGCAGGUCACGCCAGCACGGUCAUGUACCUCCUGAACUUUUACCCGGGAAUAGACUUGGAAAUAAGGGACUGUCGCGGCUUCACAGCUCUCAUCAAAGCGGCGAUGACGGGCCGCGACGAUGUGGUGGCAGCACUUGUUAUGGCAGGGGCUGACCUUGGCGCCACAGACACCACGAGAGGAAAGUGCGCUCAGGACUGGGCCCAAAAAACGGGUCGCUAUGAGACGCUGUAUCGUCUUCGCCGCCUCACCAUGAGACCCAAAGCUGAGCAGUUCUGUGAGAGUUACGUCCCCGAGUGGCCCGAGCUCAGGCAGCGGGUGGCCAAGGCCACGGCGGAAAAGAGCGCCCGGGAGAAAAUCACCCAGCACAUCAAGACCAAGUUCGCGUUCCGGUUUCCCCGCGACCCCGAGGACGAGGGGGUUCUGGACCACAUGGUGCGCAUCACCACCAGCCUCCACAGCCCGCUCGUUUCCACCGGCUGCCGUCCGCUGUGCCCUACCAGCCCCCCCGAAGUGGGCAAGAGACGCCUGGCCGUGCCCGACCUGAUGAGGAAACACUCGGAGCGGGAGUUGGAGGAAAGCUCGGUGUGCCACAGCGACGGCUCGGCGUCGCACGUCAUUCCCUCCGUGCAAUCGGCGGAAUCCAUCGCCGCCACCACCUGCUGCGCCGACGGCGACCGCAGGGGCAGCAUCAUCUCGCUGGCCUCCAACAAGGUGGCGUCCAGGUUCAUCCCGCGCAGCAUGGCCAGGAGGAACAGCGUCUUCCCCUCCGGCUGCAUCCCGCACAUCAACAUCAACAGGCCCACGGAGGCCACGCCGAAGAAGGAGAAGAAGAAGAAGAAGAAGGUGGACAAGGACCACCUGGAGCCUCCCAAGUGGAGGUACAAGGAGAUCAAGGAGGAGAAGAAGAGGAAGGCCGAGAAGGAGAAGAAAAAGGACGGCAAAAAAUAAGUCGUUUUUUUUACAAAUUCCACUCAGGGCUUGACUCAUUUCAACAACACCAAAUGUUUGUUGAUGUUCACUUACGCCAGGGGUCACCAACGUG